UCUCCUUUCCUGCAACCGCCGCCGCCGAUCUCCACUCCCCCAAACCGCCCCGCCCCGCCGGCGACCUCCGCCUUCCUCUCCCCUCGCCACCUCGCCUCCCCUCGCCGCCUCGCCACCCCUCUCCGCGCUGGCGCCCUCCUGGAGCACGGCGGUGGUGCUGGCCUCCUACCUCCGUCCCGCCCGUCGCUCACGUCCCUGGCGCACACCCUCCGCCUCGUCGACGCCCCGCUGCGCUGGAUCGUCGUCGAGCCUGGCCACCGCACCGACGCCGUCGCCGCCGUGCUCGCCCGCUCCGGCCUCGACUUCAUCCACCUCGUCGCCUCCGACGGCGCCUCCACCGCGCGCCUUCGAAUGCACGCCCUCAGGGAGAUAUGAAGGAGAAGAUGGAUGACGUCGUGGUGUUCGCCGACGAGAACGGCAUCCUCCGGACGGAGCUGUUCGACCUCGACUACGAGUACGACGCGCCGCGCUGGUUCGACCUCGCGCAGGACGAGGCGCCCGCCGAGGCCGCCGCCGCCGAGCUCUGGUUCGCCACCGCCCCCAGCUACCCGCCCUCCCGACUGCGUAUCCUUCAGGACAACUCAAGCCCCUCCUCUCCUGUACAUGAAUGUGAGAUGCUGCGCAUGCAAGAUCUGAGCCAAAUGGCAUAAUGUAAUCUUUUUAUUGCUGGUUUUUAUGUAUGAUGUCAUGAAGAUGUACGUUUGAAAUGUUGCUUUGAUAGCAAAAUUGUAUUUUUGUGUACAUGCUGCUUUGACAGCAAAAUUAUGAAAAUUUAUGGGCAAAAAUGUAUUCCUGUGUA